CGGCACGGCUUGGAAACCYGCCCCACGACGCAGCCGAAAGCAAGGCAACACAACGCAACGCACAACACAACACGGCUCGCCCUGCCAAGAACGUCGAAACCAACACCCUCUCCAACACCAACACCAGCACCGACAGCAACACCCCCAUGGCACCCGCCACGUACUCCUCCAGCGGCGACCGGUGGACGGUCGGGAGCGAAGAUCCCGCCGAAGAAGGCGGGUCUUCCGUCCGCGACCUCACAAGGGAUCUCCUUCCGGACGAGGACCUUCCGGAGGCACCUUUGCCGGGCCCCUGCGUCUUUUCGGACGAGAAGGGAGACGGGACCGGUGCGAACGACCACGGGCAAGACMAAAACGAAGAGGACGACAACGGCGACGAACGGCCGGGAGCCCGGACCGGCCGCCGCAAGAAACCGAGGGCCAACGAUCGCCCCGCGGUGGAGAAGGGUGCCUGCGGCGGCGAGACCGCCAAAGRUGCCGGGGAAGAAACCGGCCGCAGCGAUCGCGUCCAAGACGACGAAAACGAWAACGAAAACGACGAAAUCAAUGACAACGACGAAAUCAACGACGAAAACGACGACGAAUCCGUGGAGAUGAAGGGAGCCGCGGCCCCGCCCCACACCGAUGGGAACGGCGGCGGCGAGGACGACGAGAACGAAGACGACGACAUGACCGUCGCCAUGACGGACGACGAGGACGACCGGACCGUCGCCAUGAGCGUCGCCACGGAAGGGAACGCCGGCGAGGAAGACGACGAGGACGACCGGACCGUCGCCCUCGGCGAUGCUUCGGUUGCGGCGCCUCCGGGCCGACCGGAGGGCGGUGCGGGGGUCCCGGGCAGCGUGUCGGUGGCGGCGUCGGCKUCGGCCUCCGAGGAAGGGCUCGCCGGGCCGGGGGAAGGAACGGGAGCCACCACCACCAGCGGCGGCGAGGACAGCGGGAGCGAGAGCGAGCUGGAGUUCGAGGCCGCGGACCAGGAGAGCGACGGUGACGGCGAAAAGGAAACCGAAACGGAAACCGAAACGGAAAAGAACACCGAGGACUCUGCCGCGGGGGAUGCGGAACCUCCCGCUUCGAAGGACGGCGGCAGGGAGAGUCCUGCCCGGGAGGAAGCGCCGGGCCCCGCCGGUGCAUCCACCGGAGCAGCAGCGCCUCCGGGCAAGGCRCGAGACCCCGGCCCCGAACCGACCGCCCCCACCCCCCAGCGGCGGUCCGGCCGGGCCCGCAAGCCCCGCGUCCCCUACUCGGAAGAACCAAGGGCGCCCAAGCCGGGCCCGCGCAAGAAACCACCGGCGGCCCCUUCCGGGCAAGCCCUCCCCGAAACCAGGGACUGGGUGACGGCCACGGACGUCCUCUUUGUCCACACGGAGGACAAGGCUUCCGUGACGGUCAAGCAGAUCUUUUCCUCCCUCGAGGAACAGUUCGGCUGCAAGAUCACCAAGGCGCUCAAGGCCGUCGUAAGGGACCGGCUCCGGGCCCUCGUCACCGGGGCCGCCAGGCCCUCGGUCGGGGACAGCGAAGACGAAGGCGGCGAGAGCCACAGCGGAGCCGACCCCUCGCCGUCUUCCUCCUCGGAACCGGAGAGCAGCGAGGACGACGCCGACGACGAGGCGUCGGACUACUCCGACAGCGAAGGGGAGGCUCCCGGCAAGAAGGCCGGCAAGGCCGCCUCCUCCGGGAACCGGACCAAGAAAAAACAAAAAAAGAAGCGCGGGGGCAAGGAACCCACCGGGGGCCGCCGGAAGGGGCCUCCCCCCCGCGCAACGGCGAGGGUCGCCGAGGCCCACCGGCUCCGCCGCAAGAAGCGGGCCGAGGAGCUCAGGGUCCGCAACGAGGAGAUGCAGCUGGACCAGACCMAAGAGGACGAGGAGCGCAUGGAGGCGAUCGCCGCCCUCUUCGAGACCAACACCGAGGAGCUCCGGCUCAAGCGGCUGGAGGACCGCCUCGACCUCCUGCAGAUGCUGGACCAGAAGCGCCUCUCGGUGGUGGCCCCCCCGGCAGCACGAGCACGAGCCGGAGCACAAGCGGAAGACGCCGCGGGAGCGAAACCAAGGGUGCUUGCCGCGGCUUCCACCGGUGCGGACGACCAGGGCGGAACAAGGGCCGAGCUUGYUCCCGGGGAGGCCGCCGCGGAAGCUUCCGUUCUCGACCAAACGCGGGAAGCGGCUUCCGCCUCCGAGAGCGACAGCAGCAGCAGCAGCGAGGAAUCGUCCUCGGACGAGGAGGACCUGGUGAUCGUCGGAAGGAAAAAGCCCUUCAAGCCGCUCGAACCCCUCCAGAACAACCUCCCGUCCCRCAGCCUCCGGCUGCUGGACGAGGUUGCCUCUCCCGGGCGCGGAAGCMRAACGACACGCUUGCACCGGUCCCACGCUUCCGUUUCGAACGCCGCCGUUUCGACCCCUGCCGCCGCGAAUCCCUUCACGGGGGCAACCAAGGCGGGGAAGAAAAAGGCGGACGCUUCCGCGGGCCUCCUCUCGCCGAACCGCAGCAUGGGGGCCCGGUUUGCCCUCCGGAACGCCCUCAAGCGGAAACAGAUCCAGCAGGGCAACCAGUGGCUGGCCCGCGAGCUGGGCUACAAGACCGAGGAGGACCACCUCAAGGACUGCCAGACCGUUGCCGACCAGAAGCGCGCUCUGGUGAUCAAGCUGGAGCAGGAGCGCCUCAGGGCCAACGAGCGCAGGCAGCUGAAGGAGCGCCUCCUCCUGCAGGAGCAGCAGGCCUACGGUUCAUCCGGCGAGCAGGACCCCGAUGGGGACCCCGGCGACGAGGACUAYGUGCCACCCGGGGAGGAAAACACUCCGCCCCCCGAGGACGAGGACGAGGACGAGGAACAGAAGCUGGCCAAGGAAAUCGAGGAGGAAGCGAGAGAACACAAGGCCGCCUCCGACACGGAACCCGACGCCGAGCCAGAGACGCAGCCGUUGGAGACGCAGCCCCCACUCGAUCCCGCCGACGGAAUGCCUGCCGKUGCGGCAACCGAAACCGGGAGUUCCGGUCCCGAGUCGAGGGACGACAAGCCGCCGGAGAGCCCAAAAGAAAUUCCAUUGGAUACCCAGCCGUCUCUGGUGGAAAACAAUGGCGAAGCCAUGGUGUCGGCAGAGAAGCCCUCCGAGUCUUCGGAGGAGCCCAAACCGGACGCAAACCAGGCACGACCUAGUUCGGAGGAUUCCGACCCGAUCAACGACACCCAAACCACCACCAAAACCGGUCCAACCCGCACCCUGGAAGAGGGGGUCGUCACUCCGGAGAAAAAGGAUUCCAACUCGGACGACGAGGGGGAGCUGGAAUUCGAUGCCACCGACGAGGCGAAGGACGAACCCAGCCGCCCAAAGAACGCCGGCUGGCAGGCGAUGCUGAAGCGGGAAGCCGAAAAGAUCAAGAAACAAAAGAAGCGCAAGGGCGGACUCGUGGAAGAGGAAGCCGAGGAGGAGGAAGAAGAGGAAAUCGCCGGCCUCCAGGAUUUCGGGUUUUCGAUCGGCAAGAAGAACAAGAAACCCGAGGAGGAGGAAGCCCCGGACGACCUGGACGCCGACGACCUGGAACACGUCGUCGACGACGUGUCCGAUGGCGAGGGAGACGAAGACGCCGGAAUGGCGGCCCGGAAGCGGCUGGAACAGAAGGAAGAAAAGGCCCGCCACAAGGAAAUCCUCCGCCGCAUGCGCGAGGGAUACGACGGCCGRCGCGGYGGAAUCGCGGGCGGCGGUGCCGGGGCCAGGGGCAUGCACCGGUUCGAUCAGCUGGUGGCCGCCGACAACCGGGAGGACGCCCGGCGCCUCGGGCUCCUGAACGACGACGAGCUGGACAGCGAGGACGAGAAGAACGAGGGGGAACAAGCAGGCGGCGGCGACGACGAGGAAGACGACGAAGCCGCCCUCCUCGACAAGAUGCUGAAGGACCGGUUCAUGCACCGCAGCAGCGUCGAGCUGGAAGAAAACUUCUCGGAGGACGAAGAGGAGGAGGAGGACAAGGGCGAGGGCGAAACCACAGAAAAACCCAACGAGGUCCACGACGAGGAAGUGAGGAGGCAGGAACGCCUCGCCAAGAGGUUCGCCAAGCGCGCCAGGAUGCAGAGGCUGGAGGAGAUGUACGGGGACAGCCAGGAGUUUUCCCAGCAGCGCCUCAUCGACGAAGACCUGGGGAUGAAGGAGGAACUGAGCCAGAUGCGGUGCGGCCUGAUCCGGCGGUCGUCCUCGCUCUCGCGGCGCAGCAGUUCCUCGUCGGUCGGUUCCGGGAGCAACCUCGGGCCACUCUCGCGAAAGCGGCAGCGGAGCAGCGAAUCGUCGCAUUCGAAUUCGCAUUCGUCGUCGUCGGCAUCUUCCUCGCGGGCCGGUGCCACCGCUGGUGGAUCUUUGUUCCGCAAGAYGCCGGGGAGUCUCUCGAUUGCGCUGAGGGCAAACAAGCUCAGGCGCAGGUCGUCCUUUUUCGGAGGAAACAKGGCGGGAGCCACCAAUGGAUCCGGCGACCACCUUCCCCUUCCCAAUGGCUUUAGCCGAAGCGCAUCCGAGUCCUCCAACUCGCAACUGGGCAAGCGAAAACAGGGACAAUCGACCUCUGGAAGCCUGUUCAGCCAAGUUUCGGGCAGGUUUCGGUAACGAACUAAAAUAGUUACAGUCA